CAGAGACAGCAGGAUGCCAAAGGGAGCACUCCGGCACACGGCGUCCGUUUUACCGUCUCUCUACGUCGUCUCUCAGUCACGGCAACUCUGAUGGGCGUUUUUAUCUUGCCUUUACCGCCCUCGACGCUUGGAUAUUUUCGGAAGCCACGAAAUGAAGCGAAUGAAUGUGAGCAACAAGAAGUAUCCUGUUGUUGUGCCUGUCUCCAGCAUCACUAGUAGUCAAGUACUCUCUGUGGAUGCGGUGCCUCUAAGUGGUUGUAGUUGUCUGAUUCUUAAGAGGAUUUGAUGUAGUAAUCAGUAGUGGACUACCCAACUUUUUCCCCCCUCCCGCCUUUUUGUUGUCUAUUUUUUUCUUUUUGAGGUUUUCCGUCUUUGAAACAAAGAUUUCAGGAUAGACCAACUCCGGAAAACCGGCGACUUCACAUCUGCUCCCGGCGGAAUAACCAUUGUUAGCGGUUAUUCGCCUUUCACAAGCAUCUUCUCUGGGCCACGCUGGAAGUCGCCUCCUAUGUGGCCGUCGGGAGUGGGGAGCAGGCAGCCCUGCCCGCGGGAGUCUGCGCUGCGCAGGGCGGCCAUCAGCGGCAACAUCAACGCCCUGCCGCCGCACCACGUCCCCACCGGCCGCAGUGUCCGGGUCUUCAUCUGUGCCAACCCCGACGACACAGAGGCGGAGAGGAACGCGCUGAAGGAGCAUGUCUAUCCCAAACUACGAGACUUCUGCAGGGAGAAUUAUGGAAUUGAAUUCCAGGUGGUGGACCUGUACUGGGGGGUCGAUCCAGAGGAGUGGGACAGUCCAGAGCUGCAGCGACUCAGAAUGAAACUCCUGGAGGAAUGUCUGAAGACCUCGGCUGGACCGUGCUUUGUCGGUCUGGUGGGAGAAAAGUACGGCAGCAUCCGAGUGCCGGGGGAGGUGGAAUCGGCGGAGUUUGAGAUGAUCUUGGAUGCAGCGGUGGAGGCGGGGCUGGACACACACAUCCUGGAAGAGUGGUACUGCAGGGAUGAAAACUCGGUGCCACCCGCAUACUACCUCAAACCCAAAGCCCAAAUGCUCAAGAACUACCAGAACUCUAUGGAGUCAAGCAGCGCAGUCAAGACCAAGAACGACAAGGCCUGGAGGAACGUGUCAGAGGAGAUCAAGAGGAUCUUCCGAACGGCGGUGCUGCAGCUGCAAGAGAAAGGGACCAUGAAGAGCGCUCAGGCCAAGAAAUUUCUUUGCUCUGCCUUGGAGGAUGAAUUAGACUUUGCCCUUGGGAAACAAACGCCUGCCUUUCUCAGGAAAUGUGUCUGCUACAUUCGCAAGAUCUCCAACUUUGACCGCUUCGCCAAACUCCCUGACAUGGCUCGCUACAUGGACAUCGUGGUCAGCAGCGAUCGGGUCAUGCGCAACCAGGAGGCCUACGAACGCCUCCUGAAGGUGCGGGAUGAGUUCAUCCCCACGGUUGUGGCCGCCUCCAAUCUCCGCGUCUAUUCUUCGGUCACCCACUGCGACAUGAAGUUAGGCUACUCCCAAGAAGUGGAAAGCCACUAUGUAGAAGGUCUGUGCAAGCAGUUCUACGAGGACAUGGUGGACAUCAUCCAGGCCACGGUCCAGCAGAACUUUGACACGGAGUCUGACCCACUGUACGACGAGAUCCUGCAGCACCUGUCCCUCUGUAAGUCCUACGCAGCCCUCUACGAGUACAAGACCGAGUCUCUGGAUUACGUGCAGGAGUAUCUGAUGCCAUCUAAGGGGAGCAGGACGAGCCCUCUAGUGGUGUACGGGGGACCCUGCACCGGAAAGACCCUGCUGCUGUCCGAGGUGGCAAAACAGGCCUACACGUGGCUGCAGAAAGAGAUGGGCCCUGAAAGCGACCCAGUGGUCAUUGUUCGUUAUAUCGGCUCCAGCCAGCUCUCCACAGACCUACGAACCCUCCUCCAGAGCAUCUGUGAACAGAUUGCAUUAAACUACCGCUGCCUGAUUCACUUUUUGCCUAACAAGAUUCAGGAGAUGAAGGAACUCCUGAUCAACCUCUUAGGGGAACCGUCAUUCCACAGGCCCUUGGUCAUUGUCCUAGAUGCCCUGGAGCAGCUCUCUGAAGCCGAUGAAGCUCGCAAGCUGUGGUGGCUCCCCAUCCACCUCCCUCGGACGGUCCGCAUUGUGGUGUCAACGUUGCCCAAUAAACACGGCAUCCUGCAGAAGCUUCGCCACCUCAUCCAUGAUGAGGGGUAUUACGUUGAAUUAAUCCAGAGAGACCGCAAAGUCUGCAGUCAGACAUUAAAGCAGCAACUGCUGGGGGUGAAGAGAAAGGUCACCUCAGGCCAACAGAUCUAUGUCAAUGAGGCACUUGCCAAGUGUACCUUGCCAAUGUUUGUUAACCUCAUCUACAGGGAAGUAGUUCACUGGAGGUCACAUAAAGAUGUGGACGAUAAGUCGCUCUGUUCGACGGUGCACGAAAGCAUAGAGCAGUUGUUCUACUCUGUGGAAAACAAGUUGGGCCAACGAUUUGUCUUCAGAGCACUAGGGUAUAUCACCAUGGCCAAGGCUGGGCUAACUGAAGUUGAGCUGGAAGAUAUCCUGUCCCUUGAUAACAUAGUUCUUGGUGAUGUCAUUGUGGCAACUUACCUCAAAAACCCAUUGAGAAUCGCCUAUGACUUGAUUGCGAAGCUCAGAGAGGAGCUUGAGGGGUAUCUGGUGGAACGUCAGGUACGGAACGUCACUUUGAUGGUCUGGGCCAACAGGCACCUGCACCUUAUUGCCCAGAAGCUGUACCUUAGCAAUGAGGAGGACGUGCAUCAGAUGCAUAGCCUCUUAGCUGAGUAUUUUCUAGGGGCAUGGUCAGGGGGCAGAAAGAAGAUCUUUACCUAUGAUAACAACCAUUUCACUUCCUUGAACAUUUCUCAUCACAAAAACCCUCACCAUCAGCAGUCCCAUGAAAAGACAUCUUCUGAUAAGUACUCCUAUGACAGACAGACUCCUGAACAACCUUGGGUGUUCCAGUGCAACCUUUUGGAGCCUGACAUUUUCUUUGUCAACCACAGAAAAAUGACAGAGCUGGUUUACCACCUUACCAGGAGUGGGCGUACAGAUGACCUCAUGUUUGGUGUCAUAAUGAACUUCAGCUGGCUCUACACAAUGAUCAAGAUUGGCCAGUUUGAAAAGGCUCUAACAGACAUUGACCUAGCUUACAGUUACACCCAAGAGAAAGAGCUGAAGUUUUUAGCCACAACUCUCCGUAGCAUCAAAGUAAAAGUGCUGAAGAAUCCGGCGUCGCUGUCUGCAGAGCUGCAGCAAAGACUUCUGCCAGUUGUCACCUCCCUGCCUAAACUCAGACACCUCCUUCUGGAGUGUGACAAAGAUGGCCCAAAGUACUGCUCUAUUGUGCCUCUCCACUCCUCUAUGGAUGUUACUUACAGUCCAGAGAGGCUUCCUCUUUGCUCCAGCUACAUGCAGAUUGUGGAGAUCCUGCCCACUCUAGCCCCAAACAUAGUCCUUGUAGCACUGGAAGAUGGAUCUGUCAGCACCUGGGAUGUAGAGAGCAGGCAACUUCUACGGCAGAUCGACACAGCCAGAUCUGUUGUGCUGGGAAUCAGGUUAACCUCUGAUGAGAAGUAUCUGGUUGUGGCCACAACUAAAAACACACUGCUCAUCUAUGAUAAUCACAAGUCCUGCCUUUUAUCAGAGGUUGAAAUCAAGGGAUCCAAGCAUGCUGGCAUCACUGGUGGCGUUGCUUUCAUUAACGGUUUUACUUUAUCUACCCAUCAUGCUUUGGCAUGGCUUGAGGCUAGUAAAGAUGUGAACGUCAUUGACCUCCUCUAUGGUUGGCCUUUGUACCAGUUCCACUGCUGGUAUGAGGUGACUUGUGUCCAGUGCUCGCCAGAUGGAAUGUAUGCCUUCUGUGGCCAGUACCUCAACACGGUCUCCAUCUUUCAUCUUGGAAAUGGUGACAAGUUGGCCACUGUGACGUCUGAGUUUUCUGGAGGGUUUGUCAAGUCCAUUCUUGUACUCGACACUCUCAGCCAAAUGGUGAUGAUUGACAAUGAAGGCAGUUUGUCCGUGUGGAACACCAAAGAGGUCACUAACCCGAAGCUGAUGGAGGAUUAUGAUUGUAGAGGGGAUGAGACCGAAGUAGUGGGCAUUGAGUUAGCGGAAGACCAACGUUCCAUUCUCAUUUGCAAGGCUCGAAGUAUAGAGGUGCUGGACACAAAAGUAUGGAAGAUGGUAGAAAAGUUUAAAGCCAAACGUAGUGAACGCUUUGUUGCUGCUGUACUCUCCAAGAAUGGCCAAAGCAUUGUGGCCUCCAUGGAAAAUACCUCCUCUAUCUUUGUCUGGAGGAGAGACAGUGGACAGUGCAUGGCUAGCCUGAUUGAGAUCUCAGGGGCUAUCGUGAAACUCAUCAAAUCAAUCCACCACAACUUGCUCCUUUCAGUUGCCAGCAGUGGAGUUCUGUCUGUUUGGGACAUUGAUAUCAUCACCGCCAUGUCCAACAUUGACAAAACAGGGAAGAAGAUCCAGACCUUGCAGCUGUCUGGCAGAGAGGACUAUGUGUUUACCAUGGACGGCUCAGAAGCUGUCCACAAGUGGAACUUUAGCACUGGCUUCAUUGAGACAGUCUUUAAGCACGAGGGCAUAGUAGAGAACUGUGUCCUAACCUCCUCAGGGGAUCUCAUGGUGACUUCGGAUGACAAGUCCAGUCAGUAUGUCUGGCAAACCAACACAGGAGAAAACAUCUUCCGCAUCAAUGGACAAAGAAUAUCACAAUUGUUAAUUACGCACAAUGACCAGUUUGUGGUGUCCCUUUGUGAGCAGAAUGCCUCCAGAGUGUGGAGGCUUGCUACGGGGCACAAAGUCUGCAACAUCUUAGUUACCCUCCAGAAUGCACUCAUCACCACAGCGAACACUUUCCUUGUGGGAACGUCAAAAAACAAGCUUCUCGCUGUCAGCCUGUGGUCAGGCAGCGUAUCAAAGAAGUUUGUCUGCGAUGAUGGCAUUACCAUUGUCAACUUCAAACUCAUUCCCGACUGCCCUGACUGUGUAGUCUUCAUCACGUCCACCGAGACAGUCUUCAUCUGGAGCGUUGCAGAUGAGUCCGUUUGCAGGAGAGUCCAGUUGCCAGCCAAUUUCCUCAAAAAUCUAGAGGACUUUCAAAUCUCACCCAACGGGAAAUUAGGGAUUGUCUCCAAAGGUGACGAGAAUAUUAACGUCUUGGACCUUCACAGUGGGAAGCUCAGGCUUGUUCAUGCCGCCGGUAUAAUUUGGCGUCAGAAGUUAUCAAGAGAUGGGCGUUACCUUGUAUACAUAUGUUUCCGGAACUGUGACGAAGACGACGACGCGGGCGUUGUGUCCAACCUGAUCGUGAUGCGCCUUGCCGAUGGCAAGAGCAUUGGCACAUGCUCGCUUUACAAGACCCCCACCUUCCUGUCUCUCUCCCAGCGAGCACUAAACAUCAUCAUCGGCUUUGAGGAUGGCAGCAUUGGCACGUACACAGUAGUGGAUCGUGUGGAUGCUGCCCUCAAAAUAAAGAUAGCCACCUCCAACAGCCGCCAGAUUGUCAACAAUGCCUCUCAGAAGGUCCGUCCCAAAUGCAGCAAUCAUUCCUUUAAGACUGUUGCCGACUGCAUUUGGAGAGAGUCAACAGAGGUCUUUUCCAGGGACAGCCCCAUCAACGUGUCCGACUCUGGAGAAGGUGAGUCGACAACACCUACGAAAAAGACUGAACUGCUGCAGUGACAGGUGGAGAACAGAGGAGUGGGAGGAGCUAAGGUGGGAGGGCAGAGACAGGCGACAAAGCUUAGAAUCUCUGGGGUCGCAGUUGAUUCUUGUUUACAGCCACGUGAUUCAGCUGCAGAUGUCAGCCCUAUGGGUAGUUAAUGGGCCGACCGGUUUUUAUCGCUGCACUCAAGUUAUGUAUGAAUUACUUCCAACUUACGACACACUUUGUUUUACGCAUUAAGACUGUUAGAAAAAAGAUACUGUUUUUUCAAAAGAAAACACAUGUAAAUCGUGUGAAGUAUUAGUUUGCCAUUAUGUGUCCUUUUGCAUUUGAAGAACAAAGUUAUGAUUCAGAAGUCUCAUUCAAACAUUUACAAAGCCAUUCCAGUGAUCUUAGCCACUAUCAUCCUACCAUAUCUUUAUUUAUAUUGUGCACAUUAAGCCAUACUGUUGUUCGUAAAAGAGUAUAUUCAUGUUUGUAUUAAUAUCAGGCUGUACUGUACAAAAUGGAAGAACUAUGAACAUAUGUACAUGUCUCUUUUUGGCUGCUGCAAUUUGUCCUUAAAAAAACUAAACAAAAAAGUUAUGUUGUGCUUAAUGCAAUCAAAGUGAGUGCCUGGAAUUUAAAAUGUUCUUUAUGUGCAGAUUACAAGAUUUAUGAAAAUGCAGGGAAUUUGUACACACAGUCUACGCACCGUUGCAUAAUACUUGCAUUGACGCCAGAUGUGAACGAUCAGUGUACUGGUCAACAACGCGGGAGAUGGAAGGCAUUGCUCUCUGUAACGAUAGUUGUAGAAAUUUCUUGGAACAGUUUACGUAAAUUGGAUGUGAAUUUGCCUGCAGUUCCAUCAGUUUGUCUGCUGUUCGUUUUUUAAGGGAAACACCACUAUUGAGCAUAAAAGUAGCAUAGCACCAUGCACAUUCACGCCUUAACCAGUGUAUUUGCUUUAGGCUUAGUGGCGUUUGUUCAAGUGUUUCAGUGUUAAAGAAAAGAGUGAUUAGCCCAAUGUUUCUCUGAAACAGCUCGGCCGUGUGAAUAUAUUUAGAAGUGUAGGCUGUAGGUGGAAGCACUUUAUAAGUGGUUUUUGUGAGAAAUUAUUAGAUUUAUUCAUAUGAGACGUAUAAAUUGUUGAAAGUGAUCUAGGUUUGUCUUAAGAUUUAUCUACAGAAAGACACAAGCUAUUCAGGCACUUGCAGGCUACAGCGGGCUCACUUGAAAUGCUAGUCUCUUCAUAUGUGCCUGGUAUCAUUACAAAUGUCGAUGCUGUCGUUUUAGCAGCUGACGUCAUAGUGGAACAGCUUUGGUAAUCAGUGGUAUUAAAUAUGGGUCGGUAUUUGACAUUGUUUGUCACCCUGUGUAAAAACUUUGGACAAGACACUGAAGAUUGUGAAUGUGGAGGAAAAAUGUAUCUUGUGGUGGAUAUUUCAGCACAGAUGUAAAGCAGAAGUUACAUUUUAAAUGUACAUUUUUAAGUUGGACUUCCUGCAUUUAUUUCAAAUUGCGUGCCACGUUGACACCGUUACAUUUUUCUUACACAUUCACCAACUUUAGUUGUCAUGCUGUGUUUUUUUUCCACAACUUUUCAGAAGGUGAUUUCUAAAUUGUUUCUGAGCUCUAUUAAAGUCAUUCUAGGAGAAAAUCUCACCACUCAGCAGCCAUCUUGCUAACACCUCCGGGCCCUUAAAACAAGUGCUAACAAGACCAACCCCUUAUCUAAGUAAGUGGAGAGAGACCCAUUACUUUAAUCCUGUUGAAGCCACUUCAGCCAAAAUGGGAUUUGUAUCCUGUCUGCAGUAACUUUUAUGUGGUCCAAGGUGCCUGGGACCUUCCAACCCGUAUGUUGAAAGCAGGGAGGGGAGCAGCAACACCUUAACAGAGCAGACUGAGCACCAGUGGCAUUAAACAGAGUUGGCCAAUAGUGGGUUGCAAAGAAUCUUGCAGAUGCAAUAGCACACCCUAACUGAAGGCUACUUUCAGCCACUCCUUUAUUCAAACGGGGUCCCAGCGUGUAGUUCCACAUAUUUGAUUUGGCAGAUUUUUAUACUGGCAACCGCUGAGGCAUUUUUGUCUCCUCCCAGGAUCAAACUAGGGGUCUUUCGCUUGUUAGAAAAAAGUGUAAAGUACCACACUAUGGAGCCACUUAUUGAAUUUUGCACAUAGGAUGGUCAGAAGAGAAUCAGCUGAUCCAUCAAAUUAUGCCCAUUUUCAGUGAUCACCUGCAACAGCAGUUACAAAGUUUAGUGACUUUGCUUUUACUAAGUUUGCACAACUUUAUGGCUCAGUCUUGAGUGCCAAUAUGAGCAACAGCUCUGGAUCAUUCUGAGAGAGCACACACAAAAGUACUGGACAGCAGCUCUUAAUUUUCAGCAUUUAUGAAAGAUUGAGUCUUGAAGAGCUCACUGAAUUUGAGUGUGGUGCUGUAGUAGGAUUCCACUGUUUCAAAAAAUCUGUAAAACUUCCUAGAUAUUAGACCAUCAGUUGUAAGUGUGGGCGGGAAUGAGGAGUUUAGGGAACCCCAGCAGCACAGGCAGGAAGUGGCAGACUACCUAACAAUAAAAAGCAUGGUUGUUAAUUGAGCUCCAAACCUCCUCUGGCAUUAACGUCGGCACAAAAACUGUGUGCUGGGAGCUUCUUCGCAUGGGUUUGCAUGGCUGAGCAGCUCCCGUCGCUGUAGCGUGUUGCUGGCUCAGUACUUUCGUCCACGUAGCGUAUUUCCAGCUUCUGCUGCAGCUCGUUGGAGAGGUGGGAAGCACGGCCAUCUUUAAACAUUCGUGUCUCUCUCUGAUCUUUUUGACCCUUGCUCGAUAAAUGGAACCCUGAUAACAUUAUGACAUGUUAAAACUGUUGAGAUCAGCUGACAGUCUGAAGGAAUAUUGGAACAUCUUUGAGCUCGUACCUUGCAGGUGCCAUGGGUGGUUUUUCUUUUUUCUCUUUUCAAAGCAUGACUGUAAUUGAAUUUGUCUCAAGCAGUGUUGAGCUGUGGUGAGUCCAAACUUUACCGAGGCAUGACAGAAACAAAAAACACACACUCUCACUUUGACAUAUACUUUUUAAAGGGCUAUUCCAUCUUAUUCUAUGUUUACCAGUUUUGAAGAGUUAAGAUAAAGGCCCUUGGAUAAUUUCAAACUAAGUAGCAGCACCAAGCUUUAAAACACUUUAUUUCCCUCCGACUCAAGACUUUAAAAAAAGAUAUUCUUUCAAGUAAUUUGCCAAAGUCCCGAUUAUAGUUUGUGAUUUACUUUUGUUGUUUCUGAGGCUUGUACUGUAAUUAUAUUGUUACCAAAUUGUUUCAGUGUUCGACUGUGAUUAUGUUUAUGAUAGAGAAAAACUUGCUAUCUUUGCUAAAGAAGUUUAAAAAAAAUAAAAUAUAAAAUAUAUCGGAAUGCCAGUUUAAGAGUAUAUUUGAAUGUGUCCAUAUGGAAGCCAGUAAAAUGGUAUUAUUGUAUGUUAAGUAACUUGAAUGACUUUUAAUAACUUACAUGUUUGCAACUCAUAGUUGACAUACUGGUAAUGAAUGUUUCUAUGUAUUCUUAUCGUCAGGACUGACUUACCUGUUUAGAGAUUUAUAUUUUCAUAAAUGUUGUACUUACAUUUUGUUACAGAGUUGUUUAACUGGAAAUUCAAAGAGAAAAAGAAACUUAUGUCUGAAGCAAUAUGAACCUAGUGUGUAUGCAUUGUUUGUAUGAAAAUUUUAAUGUAAUAAAAUGGUUCACUUUUUGC